AUGAUCUAUCUUACCUAUGGGACCAUUGUGGUGGUUUCAUGGUUUGUUGGAACUUGUGUGUAUAAUGUAUUCUUCCAUGCUCUCAAGACCAUCCCAGGCCCUUUUAUGGCUAAAAUAUCUCGAUGGUGGAUUUUUAAGCUUGAAAGGAGAGGAAAUACUCACGUGGAGAUACUUGAAUUGCACCGGAAAUAUGGACCGAUGUUGAGGAUCUCACCCAACGAGAUCUCAAUAAACGACCCAGAAGCCUCUAGCAUCGUUUACGGACAAACAUCGAAGUUCGAAAAGUCCAAGUACUUCUAUCGUGCUUUUGAAGACCAGGCUCCCAAUCUCUUUACAAUCCGGGACCAUCAGCAACACGCCAAAGAUAAGAGUCUCAUCUCCCAUGCGUUCUCCAGGGCAAAUAUUAUUCAACACGAGGGAUCCAUAUAUGGCAAAGGCCAUUAUCUGAUGAAUCGUUUUACCCAAAGCGCAAAGGAUGGACAGAUCAUCCCACUCUUCCCGGCAUUCCGUUGCAUGACGCUUGAUACCAUCUCCGAGUUCGCUUUCGGAAAGUCUGCCGGCGCGCUACAACUGGAAGAUUACAAGUCUCAUAUUUUUGAAGCCAUUGACAAGGCGACUCACUCGGUACCGUUUUUUCAACAAUUCCCUAUCCUGCGAGAAUGUAUUCGGUGGGCGAGUUACUACAAUCUGAGUGCCGUUCCAAACGGAUUUUUGGAACUGGCGCAGAUAUCCGAUUCAGGGUUUCAACAGAUGCAUACAACUGAGACUUGGACCAUGUUCAAGAACAUGAUGUCAGCCGCGGAGAAAAAGUCCCGGAAGCUGACCAAAGAGCACUUGAUCUCUGAAGCCAUUGUAAUGUUCGUUGCCGGAACGGACACAACCGCAGCUGCGCUGGCAGUUACUCUUCAUCAUCUUCUCCAACAACCGGAUAUCUAUCGGAGACUCCAAGACGAAGUGCGGACAGUCAUGCCCACACCGGACUCUCGACCGACCGUCCCCGAACUGGAGGCCUUGCCAUUUCUCAAUGCAUGUGCCAAAGAGGGCCUCCGGAUCUCUUGUCCUAGUCGAACGCGACUCCCCCGGACCGUCCCUGCUAGUGGAUGGAGCUUUGGAGGACAUUACCUACCCGCUGGAGCAAGUUUCAUCUUCCCAUUUCCCAUUCCCUUUCCUCAGACUGACCCCUUGCAGACAGAAGUGAGUGCCUCACCUUUAUAUGCCCUCCAUGAUGGGGUCAUGUUCCCUGCUCCCACCACCUACAACCCAACGCGAUGGCUAGUCGACGAGGAUCUCAAGCGAGAGAUGUCGGCUUACUUCCAUCCUUUCUCGCGGGGAACGCGACAAUGUGUUGGACAAACGUAA